AUGGCCACUGCUGUCGAGCACAGGUUAUUAUAUAGAGGGUACAGCCGGUUCCUGGACGCGUUGACCGUGGCCUUGAACCAAGCGUACGACAGCAGAGCAGGGGAUGGCGACAACAUCCGCUGGUUCACGUCGACGCUCAACCUCCAGCUUGCGUCUGUAGACCUCUGCAGGGCGUGCCGUAGCGUGCCGACCUUGCUGGUGAAGAUUGACCAUGACACGCCUCGCUCCUUGUGGACCCCCACCGUCUACGCGGGAGCGUACUCAGCGCCUUCGGGCCGCGUCCCGCCCCUUCGGGCGCAUGGCGUGAGGUGGGAGAUCGAGGCCACCUUUGCGAAGCACGUCGGCCUUGCCGAGGAGCCGCGCGAAGUCUGCGAGGAACCACGACCCUCGGGUGGAGCACCAGCGUCCGAUCCCCAGGACUCGAGGAGCCGGGUGCUUUCGACGUCCACGAGGCAACUAGUGGUGCCCACCUCGAGCGAUUCUCCGUCAUGCGAUCCUCUCGACGCUCCCGUGCGCGAGAUCUGCUGGUCGACAUCGCUUCGGCGUGUCGAGCUCGGGAGUUACUACGACGAGCCCGUGGCGGGAAUAGUGUGGCCGCGGUCUCUACGGGAGCUGAGCUUCGGUUGGAAGUUCAACCACAGUGUCAGGGAAAUGGCGUGGCCGCCCUCUCUGCGGGAGGUGUCAUUUGGGUGGAGAUUCAACCAAUCCAUUGCAAAUAUGCACUGGCCGGAUUCACUUCGGACUAUAGCCUUGGGGGAUGGGUUCAACCAACCCAUCGUCGCAGCACAGUGGCCGAUCUCUCUGAAACGUGUUCUGUUUGGGCAACAUUUCAACCAGUCCAUUUCAGGGGUAGAGUGGCCGCGUUCGCUAGAGGAGAUCGCCUUCAAUGGUGAUUUCAACCAACCCAUCGUUGGAGUACGGUGGCCGGUCUCUUUGAAACAGCUUCGGUUCGGGUCAAGGUUCGACCAAUCCAUUGUAGGGGUACACUGGCCGGGUUUGCUUGAGGAAAUAGCCUUCAACGGUGAAUUCAACCAGCCCAUCGACAGAGUCGAGUGGCCGAUCUCUCUGAAGCGGCUUCGGUUGAGCUAUGAGUUCAACCGACCCAUUGUUGGAGUACAGUUGCCGGCCUCCCUGCGCCUGCUUUCGUUUGGGCAUUGCUUUGACCAGACGCUCGUCGGCGUGGUUUGGCCGCGGUCUCUUGAACAGAUAUCGUUCGGGUAUUGCUUCAGUCAGCGCGUAGAGGAAAUUGAUUGGCCGGAGUCCCUGCAGGAACUCUCCUUCGGUGCGGCGUUCGACCAACCGAUGUUUGGGGUAAGGUGGCCAGCUUCGCUUCAAAAGCUUGCGCUAGGAGAUGGUUUCACUCAUCCACUCAAUGGGGUUAUGUGGCCGUCCUCUUUGACGUGGCUAUCAUUCGGGUACGAGUUCAACCAACCAAUCGGCAAUGUCGUAUGGCCGACCUCGCUCCGAAGUCUUUCGUUCGGAUGGAAUUUUGACGAUCGCAUUGACAGAGUGUUUUGGCCGGAGUCUCUACGGUAUCUCUCGUUCGGCUACGAAUUCAACCAACCCGUUGGCAAAGUGGUGUGGCCAAGAUCCCUUCGACGGCUUUCCUUCGGAUGGAAAUUCAACCACCCUAUUUCUGACGUGACGUGGCCAGCCUCUCUGGAGAUGCUCUCCUUCGGAAACUGCUUCAAUCAACCUAUCGUUGAAGUCGUGUGGCCAGCCUCGCUGCAGCAGCUGUCGUUCGGGGAGUUGUUUAACCAACCCAUCGCCGACAUCGAGUGGCCGGCCUCUCUCGUGCAGGUAACUCUUGGAUGGAGUUUUAGGCAGAAGAAAGACUGGGUCGCGCGACCGGCUUCCUUGUGCGUGCGAGUUGGGAAUGUGUGAGGCGUUGUUGCGUGGCGAAGCUGGCGUGUGUCGUAGUGCUUACUCGGUAACGGUUUGUUAGGCGGAGACAUUUUCGGCAGUGGUAACAACGCCAUAGCGGCGGUAAUUUUGUCGGCGGUGGGUGGUUGCAUCUUUUUUAGCGGCCGAAACGACGUUGACGCAGGCUGCCUUGUGCUUGCUUCCUCGAUUAAUUUAUUUCUUUAUUUUCUGUAAAUUUGUGGGUGUGUCGGUACGCACGGCGAUGCUUUCUAGGCCGGUAUUUUGGCAGAGUUUAUGAGAAUUUGGCAGUGCAGCUGUAGUUUUGGCGGUAGGCGAUAUUGCAUUUUUGGGCGGUAACGACUGUAUUUUGGCGGAGGCGGUUAAACCUUGAAAUGGUGUUACAGUCGACCCCGGGAACAAGAAACAACAGUGAUGUUUGCUGAGGUUCCGCCGCACUUUUUUGGGGAUGACCCUUUUGCGUGGCGCGUUGCCUAUAGGGCACCGUUUCACGUUCUUGAACCGCGUAGGUGUUGCCACGAAAUUCCCCAGACCGAUUGCCCGCGAAAACAGUGGACGAAGAGAUGUGUACGCUGACCAAACACCAAAAACGGUCUAAAAUGAGAUAGGAAAGAGAGAAUGAGGCGUUUUUUGUUUCCGGGGCAUAUUCCUGACUAUCCCCCCGUCGACCGUUGUCGACAGCAACGCCCAUAGCACGCUGUUCAGCCUUCGCCACCACCUUCAGCACUUCGAUCACUGCUGUGUACCAUCUUCUCUACCGGGGGGCGGUGUUUUGGGGGGUGAUCGUUUGUAUUUCGGCGUGCACGGAUGCCGCACUGAUCUGAGCUGCAUAUCGUUCAAGUCUGAGCUGGCUGGAUCUGAGUGCACACCCCUGAGUGCGAAAACGCUCGCGCGCUACCGACCGGUGCACACGCGAGUAUAGGCCCUUGUCAGUGCGGAACUGUCUAGGUUUGCUGUUGUUUAGGCUACUCCCGCAGAGAAAACUGUAGUUGGAAAUCGGCUGUUGGGCACCGUUUUCCCGCGUUUUUGGUGAUUAUGCCGCUUGCCAUAUGCGGACGAACCGAGCAUGGUAGGGUCAGUACUUGCGGCGGCCCGCCUGUUUGUUUCACCUGUUAUAGGCCAGGUUGCAGCGACGGACCUCGAGGUUUAUGGAGACACGUAGGCACUGGGCCUUUCUGGUCCACAAUCGCACAGUGGAGUGCAGAAGUUGGCGAGGCAUGGGUGCACAGCCGAGAUUUGCGGAGGAACCCGCUUGAAGUUGGCGAGUGUGUGUGCCCUCGUGUGGACUGUGUGUACAACAUGUACCAGAAGUUUCGCUUGCGGUCGGCCAAGAACGAGAAGGGCUCGUGAGACACGAUGGUCAAGGGCCAGUCAUCUCGUAUGGGUCGCUACCCGUCGACACGAGCACAGGUGCAAGCUCUUCUCUCGAAUGUCAGCUUGACGGGUAGGGUGCUAGAUGCGUGCGGAGCGGCUAGUGACACCCUUUGCAUGGUCCUGAAAGCUGCAGGUCUUCAUGCAUCUCGGCAAUGCUAGGCCUAGAGCGCACAUCACGUCUGUCCUUGUGGUUGUAGCCUUCCAUAUAGCAG